GUCUCUGCUCAAUGCCUGCAACCAUGUGUCUGGUUCUCCUCCUCCUGCUGUGGCUGAGCUGUGCGACCCCAAACCAGGAGACAGGCAGCUGCUCCCAACCCCAGCCCCUCUGCUGCUUUGGAACAGAUCACCACUGCAAGAGAGGAAGCUGCUACUGUGAUGAAUUCUGCCACGAGGUGUCAGACUGCUGCCCAGACCACCGCGCCCUGUGUACCCUGGAUAACUCACACGCAGGCUCAUUCCCACCCCUGGCGGAGCUGGAUGCUGUGAUGGACAGAGGCAAGCCCCUUGCUUGUACUUCAGGCCAAGGCCAGGAUGUGGACUGGAUGCCUCCUGAGGGCCCUGAUAAUCCUGAGAUCCUCACAUUUGGUCCAUUUCACAGAAGUCUGCAGAGAGGCGCUAGGGAUGCUACAUUAGGAGGAGGGAGACUGGGAGUCAGGGAGGAGGCCAGGAGCUUUUGCCUUGUGUUUCUCAGCUUCUCAGAAUACCAAGAUGGUGCUGCAGAUGGUGCUGAGGAGGGAGACCCCCCCGAGCCCUGCAAGAAGCAACCUAGACUGGAUACAGAAUGUGGUCCAGCAGCUUCUGCACACCAGCCUCCCAGGGAGGCCCCUCUCCAUCUCCAUGAAGAAAGUCAAGAAGAGAGGCUGACAUCUCCCAUGAAGCUCCUCCAGGGCCCUGUGAUGCAGAGCCCACCCUGUUCCCCUCCCCCAGCAGCCCCAGGUCUGCUGGGGCUUUACCACUGGGCCCACUGUGCUUGUCCCUUGGUUUCUAUCCUGCGUGCUUCUAUAUUGGCUCAACCAGAGGAAAACGGAAAUCUGCAAUAGUCAUAAACACAUUUAAAUCAGCCAUACAUGGCUGGGUGGCUCAGUCAGUUGAGCAUCCAAAUUCAGCUCUGGUCAUGAUCUCACAGUUCGUGAGAUCAAGCCCUGCAUUGGGCUCUGUGCUCACAGCCCAAAGCCUGGAGCCUGCUUCAGAUUCUGUGUCUCCCUCUCUCUCUGUCCCUCCCCUGCUCUCUCUCUCUCACUCUCUCUCUCUC